UUCGAACUGAUGUCACUUGACUGUCGUCCGUUCGGGAGGCAUCACUAGCACAACCAAUAGAAACAGAAGAAACAUUCGAAAACAGAAACAAAAUUAUGGAUAUCUUCGAUGUGGAUGCUUGAGGAGCGUCCGAGAUGCCGAAGAUUACUUUAUCAUUAGUUUUCGUUAUCGUCGUCAGUUCAAUUCACGCGAUCUCUUCAGCUCGAUUAGAGUGCGCGAAGGAUCGUGUCGUUAAGUUCGAGAAGAUUAUUGGUAUUCGACCGAGAUAUUCGUUGCAUCCGAACCUUCUGCAUCAAGCGACCAAUGAUGGUAGAUCUCGCUCAAUCACCAUUGAUUGUUUAAACAAAUGCUUGGAGAUCAAAGAGUGCUCGAGUUUCGUUCUCUUCUACGAGAACGCUUCCUGCUAUUGGUUCACCGAUGACAUAUCAAAUCUUCACGAGGAGGACGAGACGCUCUACGACGCCGACGUCGCCUGGUUCCGGAAAACUUGUUUCCAUGAGCCGAAAAUUUGCGACAGAAUCUGGACGUUCGAGCGAAUCCCGGGUGCGACGCUCGUUGGAAACAAUACGAAACAAUUGCCGAAGGCGGUGAAGAGAAGCGAAUGUCAGCAGGCGUGUCUGAACGAGACGACGUUCGAAUGCAGAUCGGCGAAGUUUCGCAUCCAGAAUUAUUCGAAUUUCCGCUCCGAGGCUUCCGGUCUGUGCACGUUGAGCGACGCGGAUCGUCACAGCGUGCCGAACGCGUACAGAGCAUCAAGACUGGACGAAGAGUAUCUCGAGAAUCAGUGCACGAAAAAUCUGACGAACGUCUUCUGCGCCUUCGAAGAGUUCCCCGACGUCCGACUCGGUCACUCCGACGCGUCUCUAAGCGACGCCUCGGAAUCGCAAUGUCGAAGCGAAUGCGACUCGAAAACCAUCUUCGGUUGCCGUGGUUACACCCUGUUGCCUGGCAGCCGAUCGCAUCUGUUCACGUGUCUGAUGCACGGCGAAAACAGCAAGCUGCACGGACCCAGAGCUCUGGUCCAUCAUGCGGGUGCCAAAUAUUACGAAAGAGCCCCCUGCUUGAACAUUACGGUGACCUGCAGUCGCGACGAAAUGCUGGUCCGUUUUCAACCGGACAAUCCGUUCCGCGGCCGCCUCUACAUGAACGGAUACUCUGAUAAUCCCGAGUGCUACGCCUUGGGGAACGACAGAGCUCCGAUCACUCUCAGAUUGCCAUUGGUGAUGCACAGAUGCGGCAUCCUCGAAGCGAGAAGUCCGAUCAACAGAACGUUGAUGUCGUCGACGAUGAUCAUACAGUAUAAUUCUCUCGUUCAGACGCAAUCGGAUCGGAUAAUAAACGUGGGCUGCGUCUUCGCGAACGACACGAAGAAAGUCGUCGUCGGCACCGGUUUCAACGUUUCCAGAGAUCACACGGGCCUCGGCACGAGCCUCAUCAAUUCCAGCGUUUCCUUGCCAACGGUUGACAUGAGGAUCGUCGAUCUGAGCACGAACGGUGACAUCUCGGAGACGGAAAUCGGCGACGAUCUCAAGUUGAUAAUCGAAAUGCAUCCGAGAAACAACGGUUUCGACAUUUGGGCCGGACAUUUGAUUGCCAUGACCGAGAACGGACGGGAAUCCAUCCUGCUUUUGGACGACAGAGGUUGUCCAACCAAUUUAGACAUUUUCCCAUCACUGCAGAAGAUCUACAACAACGAUUCCGUCACUCUAACAUCGACUUUUCAAGCCUUCAAAUUCUCCUCAUCGAACAUCUUGAGGUUCAGCGUGAUCGUGCAAUUCUGCUCCGGCAGAUGUCCUUCGAUCGAUUGCGGCGCCGUUUACAACGCGAACAACAAGAGGAGAGCGGUGGUAACCGAAGACGUUUCGAAUCGAAAAUACGAAGAGGAAAUGGGAAGCGUUCUCGAGGAAAUGCCCUUGGAAUUCGUCCUCGUCGUGAGGAGCGCGACGGUUCGACAAGAUCGUCUAAUCCAUGGAGAAAACAAUCGAAUUCUCGUCGCCGGCUACGAUUUGAACACGAACGAAGUUUGCCUCGAUUUUUCGCUUCUAAUCGGUAUCGCGAUCACUUGGAUCCUCAUUCAAAUCAUCCUUCUGGUGUGUUGCGUCGCUCUGAUACGUAGAUACAGGAAGCAUUACGAGGAUCGGCAACUCUCCGAAUCGGUGGAGGAAUUGCACAAGAAUUUCGGUCUCGGUUUCAGCAAUCUGGAGAACGCGCGGAGGGUGCGAUUCGCCGAUGGACAUUUGACUUGAAUCGAAGACCAAAGGCAAAGUGUAGAAAGUGUACAUAGCAUUUAUAUUUUAGCUAUAUGUUUCGAAUAAAUCUAUAUUUUUUUUA